CCCCUUCACCCGGAAGCGCGCCAUUGCUCCUGCGUUCCUCAGGCCGUGAGCGGGUAACGGCUGCAGCGCCUCGUGACGGCUCUCUGACGGCUCUCUGACGGCGCUACAGGAGCUUCCGCUCGGUUCGUGUUAAAAGACGUUUAUAUUCAACCAGCCGGUGAAGACUCUUCUGCCUGUCGCAGCACGAUGAUCACCAGGAGAAGUCGCCCCGUGAGCGACGCCGCUCGGCCUCUGGAGGUCGCCGUGGUGGAACGGCUGGAAGACUUCUCGAGUCCUGCGGAGGGUUUCCCCUCCGAUGGCACGGCCGGAGUGGCGCUCGAUGACCUCUUUGGGAUUGAAGACUUGAACUGGACCCUCGGAAGAGAUGCGGCCUCUUCGCUCUUUGAUAUGGAGCUGGCCGAUCUUGGAUUCGGCACCAACGACCACGAUUCAGAGGCGGAGGCUUCAAGAGCUUCAUCUCCAGAUCGGACGUCGUCCGCCUCGAGGCCGAAGACGAGGCCGAGCCAGUCGAACCGCACGAUCAACAAGAACGCCGUCGCUGCCCGAUUGAAUCGUCUCAGGAAGAAAGAAUACGUGGACGGCCUGGAGAAGAAGGCGGGCGUCCUGUCGACAGCCAACGAGGCGCUGCGCCAGGAGAACGGUCAGCUGACCAAGAGGGUGGAGGAGUUGGAAGAUGAGACCAGGGGUGCGACUCGAACGACCACGACUACGCCUUGCCCAGAAAGCGCGUGAACGUGGAGGAGAAAGAGACAGCGGGCGGCGUCUGUCU